AUGUCUAUGGCAGCUAUGAACACAGAAACGGAGAUGUUGAGAACCCAUGGGAGGGGUGGAGCUGGGAACAUUGGGAACGAUGCGGAUAUGAUUGUUGAGCCGGUUGUGAUCCCGGUGAGUUUGGCAGGCGCUUCGGGAGAGGCCUUCUCGACUGGACGCGGUGGCAUUGGGAAUAUGGGGAAUGUGGAUGAGAGUCGCUCGCCGCCUGCACCGGAGCCCACGCAGUUCAUGGCACAACCACCCGAUGCGCCAGCUCCUGAUCCCGACAUUGCUUCUGGAGGUGAUGGCUACGGAGAGCACCGUCACUACGAUCACGAACAUCAUGACCACCACUCCGGCUCCGGCUCCUCCGCCACAGCAGCAGGACAAGGCCUCUCCACCGGCCGCGGCGGCGCCGGAAACGUCGAACCAGACCACGAAACCAUCGGCGAAAAAGUCGAAGAAGCCGUCGGAAUCGAAGACCACGACCACCCCCGCCGCGGCUCAAAGCACUUUACAGCAGGCCGUACUGAACACGGUGAACUCACCCAAGAAGAGGUCGAUGGAGGGGUGGAGACGAUCAAGAGGAGGAGUAGUAAUGCGCCGAAGGAUUUGGCUGAUGCGGGUGUUGCGGAUAAGUUGAAGUAUAAGAUCAAGGGGUUGCUUCAUAAGGAGUAG